UCAUAUCGACGAUGCAUUCGCGUUGUAACGAUCUGUCUCUUUGUGCUUCUGGGAUCGGAUGCAGGGUCGUUCGUGGGCCAGAUUGGAAAUGGGGAAAUCAAGUGGGUUUUCUACUUUCUUGACUAUUUUCUUGGAGAUGGUGGCAACGGCCACGUUGGCUCUCUUCGUCGUUUUGAAGCUCGUGGCGAGGCCGUUGUAUUAUGGGACUCUGGAAUAGUGGCCAACUACCGUUGUGGUGCCUUGGGUUUCGACUUGCGCGUACUCGACAGCUCACCAACAGGCAGGCGUCACUUGGAUACUAUUUAAUCACAACACCACACGGUGUCCGGCAAGGUCACGGUCGGUCGUCGCUCAAAAGCUCAAAAGACUGAUGCAGUGGGUCUCUUUCCACGAGCUCGCGUAGUACGUGGCUUCGAUUGGCGAUGGGGUACUCAGGACUGCGCCACUGUAAUACCUGCUUCAGUCUCCACUGCGGGUAAUUCGGGGGCCGCCCUGACCAAUGCUUUGAUGCCGCAGAUCUCUCCGGGCUCUUCCGCCGCUUCUCUCGCCACCUGUGAGAGCGCCACUCCAUGUCAGGGUCGAAUCAUUGAUCGACGUGACUGGUUCCAAUGGGCACCUAAAUCAGCUGUCUCCGUUGCCUGGGACUCUGGUGCUUACAAUGUCUACCGUGUCGGUUAUAUGGGAAUGGUUGACCUCAAAGCUGUUCGACCUGCCAAAGGGGGUUCAUACUACGCUGAACACCUUCCCCUUCUCGGAGAUCUUCGAGACCUCCCUUCUCAAUCGGAAAAUGAUUCCUCCACUUCCGUUAUUGCUAUACCCUCUCAGCUGCAGCCGCCGCCACCUCAACCGAUCGAAAACAUCGUCUGGACGGCUGCUCCACGCACUCGUGGUCAAAUUGCAACAUCAACUUCGACAGGUGUCGCUGAGGUCUACGAGGAGUCCGCGGCUAUUGAUCCGGGGGAUCGAAUUCCUCUAACCGACGCUGAAAGUGGGGCUAGACCUAGUUCAGUGCCCACUCAGCGCCCCAGGGGCAGCGGUGGCGGUGGGGCUGGCACGUCCCGAACCCUCUUAGCGGACCUCUUCUGCGCUAGUGGCGGUGGCGGCUCUGCUCCCUCUGAGGAUGGUAACAUGGCCGCUCCAGGAAGCAGUCCCCCACCUUCUGUCUUGUCUCGUCCCUCACCCGCCAGUAGAAGCAGACAGGUAGUGUUACCGGGAUCUUAUCGGUCGUCAACUCUACGUUUGCGACCUGGAGCCGUCAUUCAGCUGCGUCUGCGAUCGAUGGUGAAUGAGAACGCGGUGGCUACGACAACUUCUCCUGGCCCGGAGUACCUCUCACUCCCCAGCGUGGUUGAACGCGUGGACGACACGACGGGGUCGGUUGUUCUUCUUAUCCCACAGACGGGACAACGUUUCACUCUCACUAGCUCCGCUACUGCUACAUGUCAGCAGCAAUGGCAAGGACGAAGUGAGGAGCGGCUACUCUCUCGUCAUGUCUCUGCUAAUUCCACUCUACUUACGCGUAUGCGACGUCGCGAUUCCUACGCUCGUGCAGCAGCUGCCGCUUCUGCUUCCACCUCCACGUCUGCUGUCACCAUUGGGGAAACCGGCCUUGUGGAGAGUCAACAACCACCAGAGUCGUCACAACCUCCCACCUCCCAACCACAAUCACAAGAAACUCAUGAGCCUGUGCCACGCAGUCUGUUGAAGCAGUCGAGUAAGCAAGUGGCUGAAGAGCUCAUGUUUGCAGCUGCUGAGGGUAACGUCAAAAAGAUCACUUGGCUCAUCAAACACCGUGACAUUAAUGUAAACACGCACUAUGCUGGUGCUACUGCCCUCCAUGUAGCCUGCCAGUCCGGUCACCUGAACUGCGUGGACGUGUUGCUGCAGAAUGGUGCAGACUGUCGCGAGCGCGAUGCCGACGGCAAUCAGGCGUUGCACGCAGCAGCUCAGGGUGGCGCGCUUCCCGUCUUGCGUCGAAUCGCGGCUACUUUGAGUCUGAUUGAGCGCGAGCCUCAUCCUUCCACCUCAGCCGCCGAGGUUUCGUUACCACCCGACGUUAACGCGCGUAACUCCCUCCGUCAAACACCGCUCCACCUCGCUACUGUCGGUAGGCAUAUAGAGUGUGCCAGGUCACUACUGGAGGAGUUCAAUGCCAUUCCUAGCCUUCAGGUGUGUUGUGCGUACCAUUUUACUUCUUCAAUAGAACCUGGUUUGGUUACAUUUCUGUUUCUAUAUGAUUGUUUAUUUCGAUUGAUGAAGUUAAUGCUGCUAGCAAUCCACUCGUGCUUGCCAUCAGCUUGUUGGGAGUUCCCAAUGUAA